GAAAAAAGGUCUAGAGAAAGUUUGGCAAGCCUUUGAGAGGUAAAGGAAAAGGUAAAAGUUAGCGUGCAGUUGUCAUUUUUUUUAAAUUAACAAUACAUUUUUCACAAAAACAAGGUUUUCUUGCUGGAAUGAAUAUAUCUGAGUCUAAUUAUUGUAGAGAGGAGACUUCUCAGCCAAGGGGCGAUUGUUCAUGGGUCGCAGCCCACAGCCCCAGCUCUGAUCGCGGGCUGGGGUUCAACCAGACCCGAAUAGGAGAUCCAGGAUCUGUGGUAGGAGCUGAGGGCCGGACUGCCAGCCCCGAAUCUGGGUGUGGAUUGGGUCCGGCCUCGGGAAUCUCAGAAGGGAAAUCUGGAGCAGAGUCUAGGAUUCGCCGGCCCAUGAACGCUUUCAUGGUGUGGGCAAAAGAUGAAAGAAAACGUCUGGCUCAGCAAAACCCCGAUCUGCACAAUGCAGUCCUGAGCAAAAUGUUGGGCCAAUCCUGGAAAGCUCUGAGCACGGUCGAGAAGCGUCCAUUUGUGGAAGAAGCUGAGAGACUCAGGCUCCAGCACCUCCAGGAUCACCCCAAUUACAAAUACCGCCCAAGGAGAAAGAAGCAAGCCAAGAAAAUCAAGCGGAUGGAGCCAAGCCUCCUUCUUCACGGCCUUUCCCAGACUUGCGGUGGUGAAAACUACAGCAUGAAUCACCAGAAUGGGAGCCAGUCGGGUCACCACCAGCUGCCUCCGCUAAACCACUUCAGAGACCUGCACUCCGUGGGCUCGGAGUUUGAGAGCUAUGGGCUGCCAACGCCUGAGAUGUCUCCUCUGGAUGUGCUGGAAGAAGGCGAUCCGGUCUUCUUCCCACCCCAUAUGCAUGACGACGUGAACUUGGUGCCCUGGAUUAACUACCACCACAAUCCGCACCACCACCACCACCACCACCUCCCACCCCCCCAGAAGUCCCCAGAGAGCCACCAGGAGAAGCGGCACAUCCCUGGGCCUGAGGGGACACACAUGUCCUUCUCCCAGAACCCCGUGGGCGUUGCUGAGGCGGUGAAGGGCUCCCACACCAGCAGUGUUUAUUACAACCAGGUCUACUCAGGCCCACAGGGGGGCUUCACAGCUCAUCUGGGCCAGCUCUCACCUCCGCCUGAAGCUCCCACUCUGGACAAUGUGGAGCAGCUUAAUCACUCUGAGUUCUGGACAGAAGUUGACCGCAACGAGUUUGACCAGUAUCUGAACAUGAGCAGGACUCGUCUCGAGGGCCCGGGACAGCACUACACAGCCUCCAUGUCCAAGGUGCCUCCCAGACAUAUAUCUUGUGAGGACAGCCCCUUGAUAUCAGCCUUGUCAGAUGCCAGCAGUGCUGUGUACUACAGUGCCUGCAUCACGGGGUAGACUGUCAGUGAGCUGGUGUGGAAAUUGACACUUUUGUUUCAGAGCAAACUUUGCACCAUUGUUCUCAUCGAGUCAUACUGAAGCGUCGUUUUUUCUCACAAACAUUAACGCAUGAUAAUGGGAAAAUCAUUCCAUUAUGUGCACCUUAUUUUUACCACUGAUUUUCAGUAUACUUGUGAUUAACUGGGGCAAAAUCUGCACUGGUUCCAAAGUGCAUGCAUUUGGGAAUCUGUUUUCUAUUUGUAUAAAAUAGCCUGAUACACAAAAGCUAUGAUAAUAUUAAACUAUGUUAAAGAGCAUACUUUCUAAAAUUAUAGGUAUGUCCCCACAUAACGAAAUUGCAUUGAUAAAAUGUUCUAGGGUGCAUGGCAACAGUAUAAUAAAAUGAGGACAUUUAUUAUCAAAAUGGAAUCUGAGAAGCAGCGAUAAUGAACUAGUUACAAAGAAUGUACUGUUUUGUCGCUCCUCAAACCUAGUCUGUAAGUUGUGGUUGUUGUUUUUUUUAAGCAUUUUGAUUGUAGACAAAUAAUUUUGUUUAAUCUGAGCAGGAUCUCAGCCACAAACUGCUUGAAAUCCAAAUCCAAAAUGGACCAAACUCACUAUUCAGGCCCUCCUGAUAACUGUUGAAUAUAGUUGGUAUAAAUAUGUUAAAACCAGUAUUUUAUUAUCCUUGUCAUUUUCUAAUUGAUUGAAUUGGUUCUAAUAUUUGAUAUUUUUACUGUACGUGUCCUCCAUGACAGAAUACUUUCAGAAAAGAUUAACUAUCACAGAUAAAACUAAAGAAAAUGGUAUAUUCCCUCAGUGUUUUUAAUAAUCAGAGUAAAAUUGCUGCAGUCGCUCACAUGUUCCGUCGUUUUAAAUUUCCUGGACACAGACAGCAAGCUCCAAAAAUGCUAAAUUUCUUUUAUUUAUAAUAACAGCACUGGUCAUUACACAAUAUCUAUUAAAAUUGUUGAUUUCAUGGUUACUUUUGUAUUAUUCUGUCUGUAAAUAUUGUCAAUUUUUAUAUAUAUUUUAAAAUUGCUUAAAAUUGUUGUGCAAAAUAAAAUUUGAAUGGUGAUAUCAUGUGUUGGUUAAGUUUCGGGUGAAAGUAUUGCAAUUCAGUGUCACUGACAUGUCUUCAAUAUACUGUACUUGCUAGUUUUGUAAUUAUUGACCAAGUCUUACUUGUUCCUAUAUUUAUUUAUUUUUUUCAGUUUUAGACAGGACAAACAUGAUGAGUCUGAGAACUUUUUUUUUAAAGCCACAAUGUUUCAGUCUUAGUUUAUAGUGCUGUCUGAUUUCAUUUUCCUGGAUUUUUGAUAGACCACAAAAUGAGUUUGGCUCAUGAAGCAAUUCUUCCUAAACCACUUACACAAAAAUAA